AUGAGAAUCGAAACCUGCCAUCUCUGCUCGCGGCCGGUGUACCCGUCGAAAGGCAUCACAUUCGUCCGCAACGAUGCCAAACUUUUUCGAUUUUGCCGGUCAAAAUGCCAUAAGAACUUUAAAAUGAAGAGACAGCCGCGUAAACUGAAAUGGACCAAGACGUCGAGAGCACUCCGCGGGAAGGAAAUGAUCGUGGACCAAAACCUACUCUUGUCACAAUUCGCGAAGCGCCGCAACGCACCCGUCAAGUACGACCGAAACCUGGUGGCGGCAACGAUGAAGGCGAUGGAGCGCAUCGAGGAGAUUCGGUCGAGACGUGAGCGCGUCUACACGAGGCGGCGACUCAGCGGCAAAGCACAGCGGGAGGCUAGGAAACAACAAAAUCUUAAGAUCGUCGCCCAAGGAGAGCACCUUAUUCGCAAGGAAAUGGCAGACCUCGAGGCCGCGAGGUCCGAGAUGGGCCCCAUGGUCGAACAGGUCAAGAAGGAGAUGGAGGCCAGUCGGGUCAUGGGCGAGGAGAGACUCAGACAGAAGACGAAGAGAAAGAUGUUGGUUGGUGGUGGGACCGAAGAGGAGAUGGAUCUCGAUUGA